AUGUAUUUUACGUAUGGGAGGCCCCGGCACCCGGUUCAACCGAGCUUGACGCAACUGAAACAAAUGCCACCGCCUCCACCGCCAUUGCCAUCCUCCUCAGAAUCGACACCAACCAGCGCGCCGCACGAAUAUAAGCCACCACUUCCACAAUUCGAGGCCACUGCUUCGUGGAUUGACGAUUCGUUCAAAAAAGGCGGAAAGUACGAUGAGAUCCGUUGGCGGCUCGUCAAGCAAAUCGAGGAGCACGGCUUAUUCGAGGAAAUUGUGAAAAAAGGAAACGUCGAGGCCGAAAACCACCUGAGGAUGAUCCCCGGCAGCAAAAACACUCCCGACGUGGUGCGGAAGCAUCUACAAGGAUGGGGCAAACGUUACGAAGAUCGGCUGAAGGGGCUUGUUGAAGAUUUCAUGUCGGACCCGAGGAUUGCUGAGGAGAUUCGCACCGAAAUUCAACCGAAGGUUGAAAAGAUAUAUGGAGCCUCGUCUGCGGAUUGCCCGGAUGAUUUGAACGAA